GUUUAAGCCCCCACAGCCCCACCCAAUAAUCCGCCACGACAAUAAACAACCAGCACCAGCAGUCCAGCGGCAACAAUAAUCAAAUCAAAGAUCAGGAGGGGGGAGAAACGGCUUUUCUCUAGCAGGCCCUCCGGUUGUUUUUAUUAUAUUGGGUGCUGUUGUUUGUUGCAGGUGGUGGGUGGUGCAGGGAUUCUUUAUUUCUGGAGGCAGGAAGGAGGAAGAAGAAAGAAGAAACAUCAGAACCGACCCGACUAUCAGAGAUAGAGAGAGAGAGGAGCUCUCUCCUCUUCUUUUGCUUUUGGUAUUGUUAUCUUGGGAUCUGAUUUUGUCCCCAUACUAGGAGGGAGUGAGGGAAGGAGGGAGGAGGCUGGGCUUGUUUCUCCUCUCUUCUCUCAUCUCAGUUCCUCCUCGCAAGGCUGGCCGUCGGCUCGGCUCUGUUGACAGCAAUCCCUGCACUGCAGUCUUGCCAUGCUCCCCACGAGGAGCGCACCAUCAGAGUGAUUCUGCAGAAGGAUUCAUUCUACUGGCGAGCCGAGCUGGUGAAGGAGCUAUAAUAAGCCUAGCGCUCACUUCAGUCAUCAGCCAAGUGAUUGAAAAAGGCAAGUCGUCUGAAUUAUUGGUUCCAAGGGCUCUGUAGUUGCUUCUCCACACUUUCCUAUGCUUUUGCAUUAAUCUUGACAACUGAGUACUCAAAGCUGGGAUAUGGCUACUUAUUAUUCGAGCCCUGACAGUGAAAGAGAUUCACAAACAAUGUACUCAACAGAGUCAGGCAAUGCAUCAUAUCCCGUGCCAUCAGCCCUAGGGAACUUUCUUUAUCUGAACAGUGCAUCUUCUGGACCUUAUACAGAAUUUAAUGGAAUUGUCCAGUCUCAACAGAAUUUCAUGGAACUUACUGGUCAUCCUUCAGCAAUUUCACAUGAUUCAUCAUCCAACGAAGCUACUAACAUUGGCACUUCACUGACAGAACAGCGCUCUUUUGGUCCUUUGAAAGAUAUGAGAAAUGAGAUGUUGAUGCAUUUGAUGGAUGGAGCACACAGCAGUGGCAGUGACCUCAUCCACAAUGAUGACCAUAGCACUGCACAGCUCGAGUUUGGCAUGUUAAACAACCACAAUUCAACAAGUCUUCCAUCAGCAUCAGGCCAAGGGCUGUCUCUGAGCCUCAAUACACAUAUCUUGGCACCUUCCUAUCCAUACUGGUCUGCAAAGCAGGACUUAUUAACACCAAAUUCUUACCAGGGUGAUGACAACAGAAUGAAGAAUAUGCAGUCUGAGGCUUCACAGGCAAUCCGAAACUCUAAGUAUCUGAAGGCAGCACAGGAGUUGCUUGAUGAGAUUGUCAGUGUUUGGAAGAGUGUUAAACAGAAAACAGAUAAAGGCCCUUCUGAAGCAGGAAAGUCAGAUGGAAAAGAGACUGAUGGGGGGACUAAAAGUGAGGGAGUAUCUUUUGAUCCACAAGAGUCUGGUGCCAAUACAGCAGCUGAGCUUUCAACUGCUGAGAAACAAGAGCUCCAGAAUAAGAUGGUGAAACUUAUGGCAAUGUUGGAUGAGGUGGAUCGGAAGUACAAACACUAUUAUCAUCGGAUGCAACUUGUAAUGUCAUCGUUUGAUAUGGUUGCUGGUUCUGGAGCUGCCAAGCCUUAUACUGCAGUUGCCCUCCAGACAAUCUCACGGCAUUUCCGAUGUCUAAAGGAUGCUAUCAAUGAUCAAAUUAGUGUUAUCAGGAAGAAACUUGGAGAGGAUGACGAUGCAUCUGGCAAAGAGGGCAAACUAAUUCGCCUUCGUUAUAUCGAUCAGCAAAUAAGGCAACAGCGAGCUUUCCAACAGUAUGGUAUGCUACAGCAAAAUGCUUGGAGGCCACAGAGGGGGCUACCUGAAAAUUCAGUCUCGAUUCUCCGGGCUUGGCUUUUUGAACACUUCCUUCACCCGUAUCCAAAAGACUCUGAAAAGCUAAUGUUAUCGAGACAAACUGGGUUAACAAGAAGUCAGAUUUCAAAUUGGUUCAUCAAUGCCCGUGUCCGGCUGUGGAAGCCAAUGAUCGAAGACAUGUACAAAGAAGAGAUAGGUGAGGCAGAGCUAGACUCCAACUCUUCCUCUGACAAUGUGCAGCCGAACAAGGACAAGCCGCCAUCUUCCGAAGAAAAGGACCAUAAGACCUCAACAAGCCAGGUUUGCCAAACCAGCCAGCUUGGCGAAUCCAAAGCCAACAUUGGUGGAGUGGUGAGCUUUUGUGGAGCGCCAGCCGGCGGCUUCCACAACGAUGCCAACCCCGAUGACAGCUUCAUGAGCCUGAUGCUGAAGGCCCAGAGACCGGGCGAAACCGAUGGCAGCGGUCUCCUCCAUGAUGCCGUCGCUCAUCACUCCGAUGAGAGCGCGCGGUUCAUGGCGUACCACCUGACAGAGUUUGGGAGGUAUGGGAACAACAACGUCUCACUGACUCUGGGGUUGCAGCACGCCGAGAACACCCAGCCGGGCUUCCCCGGCGUCAGAGACCAAGACAUCUACAACUCCACAGCUCCUCUCAACGUCACCUCCACAUCUUCAGAGUAUGAUUCGGCGAGCCAAAUAGAUCAACAACGGCAGCUGUUUGAGGUGUCACCUCUGAUGCAUGAUUUCGUGGCCUGAAUUUCAGCUGACGCACUGGAAAACGUGGGGAAGUGACUUGUCAUUUGUAGUGCCAGGACGAACAAUAUGCCUGGACUGAAUUUUCAGGCGUGGAAAUGUAGCUGUAGUUGUAAUUGGGGUACAGAAUGGACGAGGUAUAUAGCAUAAAUGUUAUGUAAAUUUAGUGGGGGCAGGGGUGAUAGUGGUAAAGAAAUCCUGUAAAGAUGGAAUACAUUUUAUACGUGUAAAAUACGAGUAUUUAAGGGCCACGCUGUAAAAAUAGAUUUACCUGUAACUGUAACGAGUGUUUGUAAUGAGUGUAAAGAACUGCCACAUGCCAUAUUUUCGAUGGGUGAGAAGAUAUAGAAAUCUUAUUUUCUUUGUUAA